AUGGACGAUAACGGAGGCGCUGUCAUAACGUAUAUUUUAUUAUUUGAAAAACCUUCUAAAAAGUAUAGGCUUUUCCUUCAUUAUGGUUUAUUUUACUUAUGAAGGUUUUAGGCUGAUAUAGGAUUCCAGAUGUAGGAUCUUAAUUUGAGCCAGUUUGCUACAGCAGGAAAAUAAUCCUGCAGCAACAGAAAAUGUUCAUUAUUAUGUGGAUUAUAAUUAAUGGACAUUUUUGUAGGGUUUGAUACAUUCUUCUUAAGGGGAAAUCACGUCUGAUAUUUCAAAGUGGAAAUUACAAACUUCAGAAGCCUUUUUAAACCUCAAAUACACUACAACUUUUAAAUGUCCUGCAGUGCAGUAAAGUUCUCCUGCAAGAGGGUGCUCAAAUUAAGAUCCUACAUCUAUAGGCUACUAUUAAAAUGAAUGAAUUUUACUCUCUGUUUAAUGGUAAACUACUCUUAACUCUUGCUUCCCCUAGUGAACUUGGUAUUCAUUAAUCUUUGAAUUAAUUAAUGGGCAAUAGUCACUGAAUAUCAGUUUAACAUUCAGAGGUGUUAUGGGUGUCCCCCCUGUUUUUUAAAUUAAGCGUUUCAGUUUGUGAAGAGCCCGGCCAACGUAACCUCAUCCCUGGGUAAGCCGGUGCAGGUACACUGUACUCUCCAGGGAGAUGGGGGUGGAGAGGAGCCUCCGGAUGUGGUGUGGUUGAGGGACGGUCAAUCCCUUGAUUACACUGACACCAAUCAAGUGCAAGUGCCUGUCACUGAAGGAGGUUGGCUGACCAUCAGUGAACUCAGGUCUUUCUUCAGUAUGACUCUCUCUCUCUCUCUUUACAUUAUGUCGGUCAGAACAACAAGGCAUCUUAUUUUUAGUAAUAUAUCUGUCUGUCCUCAGAAUUGAUAAUAUGAACAGUGGGGAGGAAGGACUUGAUGUCUCAGGAGGGGCACAUUCAGCUGGAGGGUAAAGUGUCCCUUUUCUCAUUUUUGAUAAUAUUUCUGUCUAUAUUCUACUGUAUCUUACUGAAAGUUCAUCAUCUUUUCCAGGAAUCCCUCAUUUCUCAGUGAAGCCUCAUGACGUGACAGUGGUGGCUAAUGUUAGCCUCAGCCUGCAGUGUGUGGCCCAUGGGCCUCCAGAACCAGUCAGGAUCAUCUGGCUGCAGAACGGAGGACCACUCAACAUGCUCCAGGACCUGGUGUCCCACUCUCCCUCCACUCUCAACAUCACAGGCAAAGACUGUCUUACUGUCUCAUUUGCAUGCUGCACGUAGAACGAAUCAAAAUGAAAUCUAAUUGUAUUUGUCACAUGCUUUGUAAACAACAGGUGUAGACUAACAGUGAAAUGCUUACUUAAUGGUCCUUUUCCAACAAUGCAUAGUUAAAGAUAAAAAAUUAAACAUUUAAAUAGUGACACGAGGAAAAAAUGCUUCUAUUGCUAUGUAUUGUGCGAUGUAAAACAUGUUUUCAGAAGCAAUUCUUUCAUAAAAGAGUGUUGAUAAAAUCAAAAGCAUUCAUUAUCUCACUGACCACCUCUGACUGUCACCAUGUAGGUCUCAACCAUACCAGCAGCUUCUCCUGUGAAGCCCACAACAGUAAAGGUGUGGCUACCUCAGCCUCUGGAACAGUGACAGGUCCGUACCAACAGGGCAGGGGUGCAACAUACAUUUCUUAACAUGCUGAUUGGAUUGGUUUUAUCCAUGACUAUCUCUCUCUCUCUGUCUUGGCGUAGUGGUUCCCUCCCAGGCACAGAAAGUCCAAGCUGAAGAGGUCACCAACUCUUCCCUGCACAUCUCCUGGGUGCCUGGCUUUGGAGGGGUAUAUCCUGUCUCUGUGUGUUCUAUACAGGUAAGACUCAUCCAAGAAACUGUUGUGACUGACUAUAGAAUAGUCUAGAUACAGAGCCAAAUCAAAUCUAAAAGUAACUGCUCAUGAAGUUAUACACUGAGUGUAUAAAACAUUAUGAACACAUGCUCUUUCCAUGACAUAGACUGACCAGGUGAAUGUAUUCUUAAUGUUUUGUGCACUCAGUGUAUACCAUGGUUGAUAUUUCAGGCAGCUCCGUCUAGUCCUGACCGCAACCCAUUGCGUAAUCACCUGAUCCAUAAUCAGAAUGUCAAUGUACCCCCUGCUCAACACCUGACCCCUGAACUGAAGCCCUACACCUACUAUGACGUGAUAGGUGGCUUGCCGUAGCAGUCAAGGUUCUUCCCCGUGGACACCAUGGGUAACACUGCGCACAGCUGAAGGAGGUAAGCUGUAUGCCACGAUCCUCUACCCACAACCCAUCAGUGUUUAUAGCAUUCUAUUACUGAUAAUGUUUUUCGUUAUUAUAACGUAGAUGCAGGGAAAACAAGGGCCGCAUCGGACAUGAAAACGCAAACAAUACUACCUGAUGACUAGUAAAAAAAGAGUGCUAUAUGAAGGGUAAGUAAUCAAGGGAGUAAUGAAGUCCAGGUGUGACUGAUGAUGAGACGCAGGUGUGCGUAAUGAGGGUUGCCAGGUGUACGUAAAGAUGGGUUGCCAGGACCAGUAGUUAGUAGACCGGUGACGUCGAGCGGGAGUGGACGUGACAGUUAUUUGUAUUCACGUCUACAUUUCUUAGUCAUUUUAGCAGUUGAUUUCAUCCUGAGUGACUUACAAUAAGGAAAUUCAACAAGUGCAACAACACCUAUGUAGCAGAGCUCAGUGACUUACAGGGAAUAUGGGAGGAGCAACGAGAGUAGUCUCAGUUGAGUGACUCGCUGUGAAAGACGGGUUUUGGGACAAAGAUUGUUCUUGAAAAAACUAUUUGGGAAUUGGUUAAGCAUUCUCAAGUGUUUUUUGAUAGAAUAAACUGAAGAGAUAAGGACCCGACAUUAAAUGAAGAUUUUCAGUGCUGUUCCUCUGGGCUGGUAAUAGACAGUAAAGUUUGCCAGUAAGAACACUCCUCCUCUCCAUCCUCAGUGUUUUAAAUAUAAACCUCUAUAUUGAGCGAGCUGCCUGAGUGAAGGAGGAGGUACUGAGGGCUGGAGGGAAACAGAUUAAACAUUCUCUAUUCAUGGUUUGGCAGAGGUGGUGCAGUCCUGCUGUGUCCAUAAUGCUGCAGUGUGUUUGAAUUAAGGCUAGAGGAUAAACUUUCUUUUUUCUCAUGCUUUCCACAGUCUGUGAUGUAGACAUGUUUGUGUCAAGGAAAAGGAAUAAAAAGAGACUUUGGAAGGAGAAACAGCCGUGUAGUGUACAUCAACACAUGCUGACCUCUAAAAGUAAAAAGUAGUCAGGAAAAACGGCUGAAAAAACCUCCUAAUUCAAUUAAAUCAGUAACCUGAUUUUAGGGUUAAAAGAAAACUCCCUUGUGCUGUGAGAAUGUAAGUUUGGAUUCAUUUGAUUUGAUUAACUAAAGGAUGUUGACUGUGUGAAGGAGAAAAACAAGAUAUUUGUUGUUGCAUGCAGUAAAAGACUCAUGAAUCUGAGUUCUUCGUGUAACCUAACCAUUUAGACUCUACUCUGUCGCUUUAUCUGAAAAUAACAUGCACACGCAUGAGGUGGCACAGAUCUUUAAGGUGUGUGUGCUAUACUUUGUGUUGUAAAUAGAGCACAUGUUCCCGACCUCCCCACAAAGAUGUACAGGAAUAUUUAGGAAAGAUAUCUUAUCCCUCUCACCUACAGUACAUCUCUCAACUGCUCCAUGAGUCAGAGUUAGAGAGGAGUGAGAGGGACAUAGGCAGAGGGAAAGACAGUUGGAGGGAUAGAGGGAGAGGUGCUUGUGUUUUUGUUGGCUGAGGUAGAGCCACGUCUUGAAACAAUCAGCAGUGGAACACUCAGUGAUGACAUCACCGGGCUGGGUCCAGUACAGACCACGCCCACGCUAUGACUCACAACGUGACAUACAAAGAUGUCUUUAUUUACAUUGUUGUCUUAAUAAGAUAAAUAUUAUGCACAGAACUUGUCUUUAAAUACACACUGGUUUUAACAACAUGAGUCCGGUAGUGUAUAUUACAGAUCAUUUAAUAUGUUGUACACAUUAUUCCUUUUUGUGUGUAUCUGACAGUGCCAGAGGCAGCACCAGACAACGUGAGUGGACUGUUUAAUGGAACAGAUGUUAUUGCCAGCUGGUCCAAGCCACCAAGCAGAUUAAAUGGCCUAAUACUGGGGUACAGAGUAGAAUACCUCACUGUUAACAUGUCCCAGGUAACCUAUGUAGCACUUUUUACACAAAACAAACCUACUGUGACACACACACACACACACACGCACACACAGAGUGUAAUGGCAUCUUUGCUGUUGUUCUGUUUCCCUAUCUUAGGCUGUUAUGGAGUCAGUUGAGUCCUCUGAGCUAGCUAUCCCUCUCUCUAGCCUCCUGGACAGUUGCAGGUUGCGGCCCCUGGAGCCCAGUCCAAUCCCUCAAACAGAAACAGCCUGGUGAGUCUGGACAGAAUCGAGGGAGACAACAGGAUGGCUGGGAUGGGUCAAGGAGAGUGGGAAAACAGCAGGAGAUUCAAAAUGAAUAUUUGAGGGGCUGUGUUUUCUAGGUUGAUUUAUUCAGUAGCACAGUAUAAUGUCUGAAAUACUAUAGCUGACAUAUAUCUCUCUUUCACAUGUGUCCGCCCAUCAGGCAUUCUCCUGGCAUUGGUGGUAUGUGGUCAUGGGGAUUGCUGUCAGUCUGGCCUUGAUAGGGUUCAUCGUAUAUGCAAUUAUAAUUAUAGAUACUGCGCCCGACGCACCUACAAUCGGCAGUCAAAUGAAGCCACAUGUGAGUUGUCAUGCCAGUGAUGUAAGAGAAACAGUGCAGGGUGAGCAGAUAGGUUAGUUAUUUAAGUGAAUGCCUAAAAUGAUGUGUCAUGCAGGGUGAGAGUUCAGGAACAGAUGUUGAGGCUUAGAUUUCAUCCUGUUGCUCAAUGUUGUUCUGUGCCAGAUGUGGAGAAGCAGAGUAGUGUCAUGAUCUGGCUGUUAACACAUCCCUGUGGAUUGAACUGAGAACAGAGUUCAGAUCGUGGUAGAGUCAUACUGCUAGUAUUCCUAGGGUCUAAAUCAGGGGUUCCCAAAAUGUUUCACUCAGGCCCACCUUCCAUCAUUCGGGAACCACUGGUCUAAAUCAUAGUUUUGGGAUCUGUUUGUUAAUAGAGUGAAUAAAGCAUUGUUAUGGUGAGGUAAACAGGAAGAGAAAACAUAUACUGUAAGCCUGGAGCAGUUUAACAAUAAUGGCUUCAUGAUCUGGGUUGUGUUACUAAGCCGGGAUUUCACAAGGACAACAUCCCCUGUAAGGGAUCACUCAGUUAUGUUUUGGCAGUUGUUUAAGGACAGUGGGGGAGGAUUCAUGCUAAAGUUAUUUUCCAAGAUGUCAUGUUUUUAGAAAUCCCUGUUUCAGUGUAAGAGAGUAUUAUCUAUCCCUUUCAACAGUGAACAGCCUGGUGAUUAGUGAUGAAUUGAAGCAGAAAGACGUGAUGGUGGACAGACACAAGCUGACCCUGGGCAAGACCCUUGGAGAGGGUGAGUGAGCUCUGACAGAAGCCUUUAUCAUACAUUAUGUAACCUAGACAUUAACUACUCAGGCUACGAGUAAACAUCCCAGGGAGGCUUAGAUCACCAGCUACACCCACCUGACUAACAACACGUCCAUGUCUUACUCUGCAGGGGAGUUUGGCUCUGUCAUGGAGGGGCUUCUGGUGCAUGAACAGACUGUCCUCAAAGUGGCUGUGAAGACCAUGAAGAGUGAGUGAUCAGACAGUGUCAGAUGCCCCCAUGUAUGUCAGUUUUACGUGAGCCACCUUCUCCUCCCUCUCUCCUUCUCUUAGUUUCCAUCUGCACUCGCACUGAGAUGGAGGACUUCCUCUGGGAGGCUGCUUGUAUGAAGGAGUUUGACCACCCCAACGUCAUGAGACUCCUUGGUGAGACAGACUGGGUCACUUGUCACAACUUCAUCCAUCUACUAUUAAAAUGUGGUCAAUAACCAAGUGUCUGAUAAGGGUCUGUUAUAAACUCCAAACUAUCGACUGGAUUCAUUAUUUUAUUCCCUGUCCUCCCUGUAGGGGUGUGUCUGCAGGCAGUAGAGAGAGGAGGCUACCCCUCCCCUGUGGUCCUCCUGCCCUACAUGAAGCAUGGGGACCUGCACAGUUUCCUGCUCUACUCUGGACUUGGGGACAAUCCUUUGGUCAGUUCCCUUCCCUCCCACACAGAUCGGAAAAGUUUAUGUUACACAAAUACAUUUUUGCGUUGUUCCCUUUCACAUUUUCCAUUUGUGCUGCUAUAUAGCACCCCCUGUUGGAGAAAACUGCCUUAUCUAAUCCUCUCCAUCUCCUCUCCACCCAUCAGUCCCUGCCUUCUCAGAUGCUGGUGAAGUUCAUGACAGAUAUUGCACAGGGAAUGGAAUACUUGAGCAACAAGAGGUUCAUCCAUAGAGACCUGGCAGCGCGAAACUGCAUGUGAGGAUUCGCACCUCUCGGUUUUGUCAAUGUGUUCCGCUCUUUCUCACACAUACUCUUCAAUAUUGUUCUGUGAAAGUCUAGCAUGUUGAGUGAAACAAGUAACAGUACAGUGUUUAUUAUGUUGUACAUAUCUGUCCUGCAGGCUGAAUGAGAAUAUGACUGUCUGCGUGGCUGAUUUUGGCCUUUCCAAGAAGAUCUAUAAUGGGGACUAUAGACAAGGACGCAUUUCAAAGAUGCCAGUAAAAUGGAUCGCCAUCGAGAGCCUGGCAGACAGAGUUUACACCACCAAGAGUGAUGUGGUGAGCAAUCUUUCUUGACUUGGUCUGGCUACAUUAUGUACUCCAUGUACACCUCUGUAUUUGUGUUUUAAAAUCCUGCAACAUACAGUGCAUUCGGAAAGUAUUCAGACCCUUACAUUUUUCCACAUUUUGUUACGUUACAGCCUUAUUCUAAAAUGGAUUAAAUGUACAUUUUUUAUUUUUUAUUUGUGAGUUCCUAGUUCUGGAUCUGUACACGUAAAUCCUCUGUACACUAAAUUAUAAUUAUUUGAUGGUAAACAGUAGAGGCAACCAACGUAAUUUUCAUGGAGUACCUGAAGUUAUUUCUUCUCAUGUUGUAUGAGCCUCAGUCGUCCCCUCCUCUCAUUCAUACUGUAGCUACUUCCUGAUGUUCUCCUGCUCGCUGCUGAGUCCUAAGGACCGCCCAGGAUUCCCCUCUCUGCGCUGUGACCUGGAGAAAGCCCUUGAGGAGAUGCCUGAGCAGGAGGAGGCUGAUGACCUGCUCUAUGUCAACAUGGAGGAGCCCUCAGGCUCUCUGUUAGGGGCCAUUGGGAGGCUGGGAGCCCUCAGGCUCUCUGUUAGGGGCCAUUGGGAGGCUGGGAGCCCUCAGGCUCUCUGUUAGGGGCCAUUGGGAGGCUGGGAGCCCUCAGGCUCUCUGUUAGGGGCCAUUGGGAGGCUGGGAGCCCUUUGGCUCUCUGUUAGGGGCCAUUGGGAGGCUGGGAGCCCUCAGGCUCUCUGUUAGGGGCCAUUGGGAGGCUGGGAGCCCUCAGGCUCUCUGUUAGGGGCCAUUGGGAGGCUGGGAGCCCUCAGGCUCUCUGUUAGGGGCCAUUGGGAGGCUGGGAGCCCUUUGGCCUGCCUCACCCCUCCUACCGGAAGAACAUGGGCACUCUGGAAACCAUACAGGUGCAUCAUCAUAAUCAUCAUGCAGAACGCUAUGUUCUCUGCCCUCAGCACGAGGCCCAGCCCUAUCUCAAUGACUCUAUGGACAGCCUGAGCUGGAUGGCCUCCUCUUCGAGCCCCACUCUGCAGCUCCAGGCAUCCCGCUCCUCCUCCCCCACCUCCUCUCUCCUGCUGGACGGACAGGCAGUGAGGCUUGGAGAAAAUACACAGUGA